AUGACAUCGCUGGACAAUAAUGGUUUGUUUAUUCGACCAGCCAUGGAGAUGCUCCACUGUGAUUGCGACCAGGCCACGGCUAUUCCAACUGGCGACAUGCCUGGUCCGAUGACAAGACGGACUGGUGCUGCAGGCAUAAGAAUCGUGGAUGCGAGCAUGACUGCCGCGAAGACAUGUUGCACUGGAAGACCCAUUGGUCUUCCAGUCGGAAGAAGUGGUGCUGCGACCAUGUGGGUUUCGGUUGUGAAAGGUGAUCCCAAGUUUCACGUGAUCGAAGUAGCGGUCCUAAAUUCGGCCAACAUGCAAAGAGUGCAUGUCUUCGGCAUAGUGCAGGACAUGUCGAUGCGGGGAGAGCGGGAGUUGAGACAUGGAAUUGAGACAAUUUGUUCAGCGGCUGCAAAAGAAAGCUCUGCAACCAGUUUGUUCUUCUUGCAUGAAAUGCUAAGGGUGUUCUCUUCGGAGUGUUCUCUUCGGAUCGAGAAGGGCAACUGGUGA